UUUGACGUUUUCUCCGUGAAGUACAAGCUAGCAACUGCAUAAAAGUUUGAAAAGCUCAUAAACAAGCUGUUUGUUCUAAAACGUUUGGGCCUUGGUUACGACACACAUACAUGCACCUCGAAGCAAGCUUCACGAACGCAAGAAAAGGCUUCAUCGUAGUUGCCGGUGUUGUAGUACAGAGCUCCAAGUGGUACCAGGAUCUCCACCUUCCUGGUCACUUGAAGUGCCCUGCAGGCAGAGGUCAAGAAUCAUGGUUACUGGUUUGGUUGUGUGUUAUGAUGUCACUGUCUUUUAAAUGUCUUACAGCACCACAAAAGUGAGUACUCCUCAUACAUGUCUGCAAAUACUUUAUUACAUCUUUUCAUGGGACAACAUUGAUAAAAUGACACUGUGAUACUUGUAUAACAGUGUAAAUGUACUGUCCCCUUAAAAUAACUCAACACAGAGCCAUCAUUGCUCAGACCAGUGGGAGUGUCAUGGUCUGCCGACGCUGGUAGGUACAAUUAAUUUAGGGAAACGCAAAUGCCAACUUGUGUUGUGACAUACUGAAGCAGAGCAUGAUCCCUCCCAUGGGAAACCGAGACCCAGGGCAGUAUACCAACAUAGUAAUGACCCUAAACACACCAACAAGACCCAAGAACCUGAGGGGAACGGUGAUGGACUGCCCAAGCAUGUCUUCAGACCUAUUGAGCAUCUGUGGAGGUUACAACAUUGUGUAACUGCGUUGUCCCAUAAAAUGAUAUAAUACAAUAUUUGCAGAAAUGUGAAAUCACUUUUGUGAGGUACCAUAUAAAACUUCUGAUAGGAAGUAUAAUCCAGCAGGCAAAGAAAAAUGUGCAAUGUUACCUCUUAUACCAAAACUCUGCCUCUUUGUUCUUACUGGUGGAGCGGAGAAGGCGGCCCAGGUUCACCAUGGCAACAUAAUGAACUGGUUUGAGAUUAAUGGCUUGGUGAUAAUGAGCAGCUGCCAGUUCCUCGUUUCCUGUUGAAGAGCAAGGCCAGUAAGUAAAAUCAGAAACAGGUAUGAAUCAAUGUAAGCGGACUCUUAUGUCAAAAAUAAUUAAACACAUGUUUUACAGCAUUAUAGCAUGGUAAAAAAUUACUUUCAUUGAAUGUCUAGAUAGAACAGUAUUGGCUAACUUACCAGUAUCCACCAGAAACACUCCAUAGUUAUUAUGCAGGUCUGAGCUGUCUGGACAAUUCUCUAUACCUUUCAAAUACGUUUCAUUGGCUUCUGCAAAGCGCUUCUGUGGAAGAAUGCAAAUAUAAAUGCAUAUAUAAAUUCAGAAUGAAACCGUAAGCUGAAACUUCUUCUGAAUAAGACAGAUAAAACAGAAGCACCGUCCUCACAACAGGACACAAGCCUUCACUAGCCUCUGGAAUUUAGAAACACUAACAAUCACACUACGGACACUUUUUUUUUUUGGUUACCUGGUCAGCAUAGAGCGACGCCAGACUGGAAUAAGCAUCAGCAAAAUGUGGACCAAAGCUAAUUGAGUCCUUCAGGAGUAUCUCUGCCUCCUUCUCCUUCCCCUGUGACCUGGAUCAGAACAUCUUCACAGUUACGUUUAUUGACACCUUCGUCAGCCCGCUGUGAUCGUGAUCGCUAUUUUGUGGCUUUUUAGCAACGUGAGAAGAGUUACACCUUGCAAGUACUGAAAAGUAAGUGGACUCACGUUUAAAGCCUUGUCCUAGCAGACUGACAUGUUCCCUUCAUACAUGUAUGAUAGUUAAUACUAAUCAAAACAUAAGACUUUAACCACUUCCUCAUUCAUCAUACAAGGUAAGCUAAAGCAUGUGUCCAUCCAUUUUCUAUACCGCUCGUCCUCAUUAGGGUGUGUGCGUUUGACUUACUUGAGAAGGUUUCCCAGGUUAAAGAGUGCUCGAUUAUGCUGAGGGUUGGUGUCCAAUGCUUUCCUGUAGUAGCGCUCUGCCUCCUCAGGGCUGUGUGUCAGAGUGCCAAGAUUGUUCAUAGCACUGGCAUGCCGGGGAUACAACCUGAAAAAUUAAAAUCAUUUUAAUGAGAAUAUAUGUAAUAAAGAAAAGUGAAGAAAAUGGGGAAUGGAUUUACAGGCUAAUGUGGGAUGUAUAAUAGAAUAUAUUUAUGAUGCAAUCUGGAUGAAGGGGCGAAUGCAAGAAAUUUUUGGUUUGAGUCAUGUUGGCAAAACCCCUGUAGUCACCUUUACACGUGUAUUACCAAUAUAUAAUGGACAUAAUAAUUUUUCUUGGUGUGGCUAUUGUCUCAUCAAUUGAACAAUACUGACACCUAGUGACCAGUGUGGAUCACUACACAUUAGUGUGUCUUUCAAUGCAUUUUUUUUGAUUCAUUUAGGUUUGAAAAUGCUUCAUUGAGGCCCAAAAGACAUAGUCACCUUUACACGUGUAUUACCAAUAUAUAAUGGACAUAAUAAUUUUUCUUGGUGUGGCUAUUGUCUCAUCAAUUGAACAAUACUGACACCUAGUGACCAGUGUGGAUCACUACACAUUAGUGUGUCUUUCAAUGCAUUUUUAUUGAUUCAUUUAGGUUUGAAAAUGCUUCAUUGAGGCCCAAAAGACAUACAAUUUGCUCAUAUAUGCAUAUUUUUAUGAAUUAUAGGCAGUAGCCAACCACAAAACAGCAUGAUUUAUCAAUUAAUGUAUUCUGGAAAACUCAUUGAGCGAAGCGUCAAAAUUCAAAGUGCGAUGUGGCGAGGGACGAUUGUACGAUUGUAUUGUGUAUUUAACAUUUUCUAUUUGCAAUAUAGAUGAAACAUUGUUAGACAGGUAAGAGGGCAUAGAGUCAGACCUGAGGGCCAUGGUGUAGUGGUAAGUGGCUUCUUGGUACCGACUGUUGUCCUUCAGGAAGUUGGCAUAGUUGUAGUGGACUUUGGCAUUGUGAGGCAAAGUCCGGAUACCAGAACUGAAACAAGGAGGAAAAUGAGUCAAAUAAAAACAGUGAUUGUUAAUUGUCCAGAUUCAGAUUACGGUCCAUGCAUUCAUUCAGAGAUUAGGUAAAUUUAGAGUGUGUACCUGCUCUGUUUGUUAUAUAUUAUUGUGACAAACACACACACCUGAAAAGGGCCUCCCUGGAGAGCCAGACUUGAUUCUGCUGAAAAGUCUUCCAGGAGAAGAGCAAGAGGAGGAGCAGCAUUGAGGCGCUAAGGACGGCUGUCCCCCAACGGCCAACCAGUGAACUUAAACGACUUAGACCAUGAACCACCAGGAUACAGUAACCCAUACUUGCAGGAGGAGAGUCCAAUUAGCACAUUUAUGGAAGAAGAGGAGAAAAAUCCCACAGACACUCACCUGGGCAUGUAAAGAACCCUCUCAGCCACAACAAAUCCCACCCUGAAGAAAAGGUUACUCGCAGGAAUGAAAGGAAACACCAAAAACAAUAUUCCCAUCAACACCUCCUUGCUCUUUUGUCUCUAGAAAAAGGGGGAUCGGAUACAGUUGAGGCAGAGGGCGACCAUCACCACAGCCAGUAGAACAGAGGCCACGUUGCGAAUGUCACUCAGCGAUUGGAUGAGAGGAAUGCUACCCACUUGCCAGUCAUAGCACAGCACGAUGGGGGCCAGCAAUAGCCAGGUGUUGAAGUGCAACAGGAGGAGAUGACUACAUGAUGUGUGUCAUGAACUCACGGCCUCAGUGUGGACCGGGUGCACAGCAAACAGGACGGAUGUGAUGAAAGCCAGGAGAGGGCUGCUGACGCUGAGCAGGAGGACAAUAAAAGGUGAAUGGAGUGUCCGUUUCCUCACUCAGCCGUUCCAGCUGGACCCAAGGAGGAGCAGACAGCGUUUUACCAUCUUUACCAAGAUGAACAGGUGCUUUUGGAUUUUGUGUGCGACACUCAUCUUGUGUGGAAUGUUCUCUGACACCAUCCAGCUGGUUAUUGCGACAAAGGAGAAACGAGGCUGGACUCUCAAUAGUGCUGGCUACUUACUAGGUCCACAUGGAAUACACGGACAUACAGUAUUGGGAGACAAGCCUGGUCUGGCUGGCAAGAGAGACAUGGACCAGGAGGAGGACUUCAGAACAGGUAGCCAAAGGAAAGCAGAUGAGGACAUUGUCGACACUGUUAUUGACUUCCUGUCAUAUCUCAAAUUUAAAGAAAUGGUUGCCUUGAAAAGCUUGGGGUCAUCUGUGACAUCGGAUUAAACGACCCACCCAUCGACGGUUCACACGCUUCUACUCAACUGUUUGGACUGAAAUAACUGUUGUUAACUGUUACUUGUCACAAUAAUAACCAGAAUAAUAGUAAUGACCAUCAGGUUGAGCUUGGUUGUCUCCCAGUACAGACAUGAUGAUAUUUUAUGAAUAACAUGAUGCAGUUGAAUCCAGACCACCAUAAUGUAAUACUUCCCAGUGUGCGUAUAAUCAGCUUGACAAUGGGGUGAAAU